AUGGGGGUGUCCCGCGUCCUGCGGCGCCUGAGUGGCGUCCCCUCGCCUGCAGAGGAGGAGCAGGGUGAGGGAGGCGGCUUGGCAGCCUGCCGCAAUGGGCGCUUCCCCGGGGGCGCUGAAGUGGGCUUGGGCCCCCGGCGCCGGGGCCGCUUUGUCAAGAAGGACGGCCACUGCAAUGUUCGCUUUGUCCACCUGGGGGAGCACGGGGCGCGCUACCUUAGCGACCUGUUCACCACCUGCGUGGACGUCCGCUGGCGCUGGAUGUGUCUCUUUUUCUCCUGCUCCUUCGUGGCCUCCUGGCUGCUCUUCGGCCUGGCCUUCUGGCUCAUCGCUUCCCUGCACGGGGACCUGGCCGCACCCCCGCCGCCCGCGCCGUGCUUCUCACAGGUGGGCAGCUUCCUGGCCGCCUUCCUCUUUGCCCUGGAGACCCAGACGUCCAUCGGCUACGGGGUGCGCAGUGUGACGGAGGAGUGCCCGGCCGCGGUGGUGGCCGUGGUCCUGCAGUGCAUAGCAGGCUGCGUGUUGGACGCCUUUGUGGUGGGUGCCAUCAUGGCCAAGAUCGCCAAACCCAAGAAGCGUAAUGAGACGCUGGUGUUCAGUGAGAAUGCCGUGGUGGCACUGCGCGACCACCGCCUCUGCCUCAUGUGGAGGGUGGGGAACCUGCGGCGCAGCCACCUGGUGGAGGCCCACGUCCGAGCCCAGAUACUUCAGCCUCGCGUUACCCCAGAAGGCGAGUACAUUCCCCUCGAUCACCAGGAUGUGGAUGUGGGGUUUGACGGGGGUACAGACCGCAUUUUCCUGGUGUCGCCCAUCACCAUCGUCCACGAGAUCGACGCCUCCAGCCCUCUGUAUGAGAUGGGCCGGGCCGAACUGGCCAGGGCAGACUUUGAGCUGGUGGUCAUCCUGGAGGGCAUGGUGGAGGCCACGGCCAUGACCACCCAAUGCCGCUCCUCCUAUCUUCCUGGGGAGCUUCUGUGGGGCCAUCGCUUCGAGCCCGUGCUCUUCCAGAGAGGGGCCCACUACGAAGUGGACUACCGUCACUUUCACCGAACCUAUGAGGUGCCAGGGACCCCCAUCUGCAGCGCUCGGGAGCUGGAUGAGCAACGGGCCCUGGGGGACAGUGACAGCCCUGGGCCCAAAGGGGGCCUGCCCGGUGCCCUGGCUGCCUUCUGCUAUGAAAAUGAGGUGGCCCUCAGCUGCUGCCAGGAAGAGGACGACGUGGAGGAGGAGAGGGGUGAAGCCCAGGUGGAGGCCAGCUCCAAGGCCUCCACCCCGCCCCUGGCCCCGUCCCCUGAAUUGGCCCCACCCCCUUGAAGGAAGACCAGCAGGGCUGGGGAACUGCCUCAGGGGCCCACCAUGUCACCACCCCUCCCCCAGGGGAUGUGGUCGGUAGUCCUAGGUGGGGAAGGACCUGGAAUCUGGGCGCAGGGACUUGCCUGCAGGCCUCGAGCCCCUUCCCUGGGGCAUAGCCAGGCAGUACAUGCUUCCUGGACCGUGGACUUUAGGAAUGGGGGAGGUGGCUUUGUGUGUGGAACCUUCUGGAUGAGUUGAAUGGGUAGCUCCAUCUCACCACUUUCCCAACCAGGGGGAAUGAGGGCCCCCCUCCCUUCUGCCCUAUUGUUACCCUCAGCACUCUUCUUCCUCCCAAGCCCCUUCCUUCUGGGCUCAAUCCUGCCUGGAGUCCAAGAGGCAGGGGGUGGCCGGGGUUGUUCUAGACCCCCCUACCCUCAAGAAGAGAAUGGGACCCAGGAAGCCCAUUGGUUCAGACCCAGUUUGCAGACAGGACAAGCCAUGGAGGGCUGUGGGCCCAUGGGGUCGUGAGGAGCCUGGCCUGGCCUCCAGGCUGAGCAGGAGGCAUCCUGGAUGCACAGGGCCACCAAGUAGCCAAUGACUUUCUCCAGAAUGCUGUGCAUAUAUACCUAUCUAUACAUAUCUACA